UCAGAGCCACGUGGCUCUUCAGCCGCUGGCUCUGCAGUGCCCUUAGCCUUGCUGUGCCAAGAGGCACCAGGAUAUGCUCACAACUGCUCCUCCCAGCCCUGGCAGCUGUGGCAGAGAUCCCUGAUAAAGUCCCAGGGCUCUCUUCCCGGUGUCUUUUCAUCCUGGGCUUUGUUUAGGGUAUGAAGACAACCUGGUUCUGCCUCUCUGAGGACUCUCUCCCUCCCUGUGCCAGCUGUGGUGGGGUUUCUGGGCUGGACCAGGACUGGGGGCACCAAGGCACUGUAGCUGCCUCCCAGGGUGGAGGCUCAGCCUUGGUGCCACAUGCAGCUCUGCUCCCUGGGGAGCUGCUGGGCAAGCUGGAGCUGGCCACAGGGCCCUGGGGGUGCAGCUGAACUUGGGCAGCAGCCGACUGGUUUUCUGUCGCCAUUUGUGCCCAGAAUAGGAGCUGUGAGUAGGCCAUGGGGAUGGAGGAGAGGCAGGCGGAGGGAGCAAGCUUGGUGCUGCUUUCACAUUGAAGGGCCCCACGGUGAUGCCUCUGGAGCACUUGUCCCUCCAUGGCUUUGGGCUGUGCCUUUGAGGGGCCAAGAACUCUUGUCUGGAUGUCCAGCAAGCAGCGUUCCAAUCACUGUGGAUGUUACCAGGGCACAUUAUCCCAGUGCAGCUCAGACACCACUUGCUGCUGACUUGCCUCCUUUGCUGUUCCUUCCCCAGUCCUCAGUAUGCUCCAAGAUCGUCCAGCUGCUGGGCCAGAACGAGGUGGACUAUCGCCAGAAGCAGGUGGUGAUCGUGAGCCAGGACAGCUUCUACCGGGUCCUCACCUCAGAGCAGAAAUCCAAAGCACUCAAAGGCCAGUUCAAUUUUGACCACCCAGAUGCCUUUGACAACGAGCUGAUCGUGAAAACGCUCAAAGAGAUCACAGAAGGGAAGACGGUCCAGAUUCCUGUCUAUGACUUUGUCUCCCACUCCAGGAAAGAGGAGACGGUGACUGUCUACCCUGCCGAUGUGGUGCUCUUCGAAGGCAUCCUGGCCUUCUACAGCCAGGAGGUGCGGGAUCUCUUCCGCAUGAAGCUCUUUGUAGACACGGAUGCAGACACCCGGCUGUCCCGCAGAGUGCUACGAGACAUCAGUGAGCGAGGCAGGGACCUCGAGCAGAUCUUAUCUCAAUACAUCACCUUCGUCAAGCCUGCCUUUGAGGAGUUCUGUUUGCCAACCAAGAAGUAUGCUGAUGUCAUCAUUCCCAGAGGAGCAGAUAAUGAAGUGGCCAUAAACCUGAUAGUGCAGCAUAUCCAGGACAUUCUUAACGGAGGACUCAGCAAACGCCAGAGCAACGGCUACCUGAAUGGCUACACUCCUCCCCGUCAGCGGCAGCCCUCAGAGUCCAGCAGCCGGCCUCAUUGACCCCAGGCGGCAGGCGGGAGGCUGGGGGCGGAGGGCACUUGGGCCCUGCCACUGCCCCUCUGUACAUACUGUCCAUUCAUUCCCCCCUUAUCUAUUUAAGAAACCAGACGGAGAUGAAUGCCUUUAAUUUUGUAUGUUGGAAAUGCUGAAUGAGAAGCAGCCGGCUGCUCGGGAGCCUGGACCGCCCACAGCUCCUGGCCUUGCUCAGUAACUCUUCCAGCACGGACCCGGCUAUAAAUCUCUAUAAAUACAGAACUGCUCUAUUUUUGUGUAAAUGCAGAAUAACGUAAAAUUACUUGCCAUAAGGUAUUUGCCAGGCUCAGUGUUGCUGGGAGGGGGCUGGGAAGAAGGUCCUGGGAGAUGUUGGUGUCAGGAUCUUCACCUCAAAGGCGGUAAGGAAGGAAGAGCAUUCAACGGUUGCUUUAGUAUUGAAGUGGUCUCCAUCCCAGGGAAGGGACGAGCUGUGGUGGAGGUGGCAGCUUGAGUGUGGCCUGGAUGUUGUGACUGGCCUGGGGUUGCCCCCUCCUGCCAUUGCUAUUCAGGUUCGAGCAGCCUGGUUUUGGCUGGCAGGUACUGCACAAUACCACUUAGAGUUGGGAGAAUGAUGUAUAAUACCUCCUCUGAUUGUCUUUGCGUCUCCAGGUCUCAGUCCCUCAACAGCAUCCCUUUCUGUGUCUGACACCCCUUCCCACCACAUGUGUGGGUCUACUGCCACACCCUCCAGCAAGGACCUGGUAGGUGAUGCUGGGUAUGUGAUCAUAUAAACACAGCAGCUUGUGUCUUUAGCAGUCUAACUGCCUGGCUUGGGUGUGGAUGGCACGUGCAUACCUUCAACCCCUCUGGAGCUCAGUGGCUAUGAGGGUGGUGGGACUCCUAGCCAAGCCCUGGGCUCAACCCUAAGCCUGGAGGUUGGCUUGCAGAAGGCCAGAGGUGUGUGUCUCAUUGCUCACAUGGAACGGUUUUGCUCUUGGAUGUAGGAUAUGGUUAAGAGAGAACCAGCCUCUUCUGAAAGAAAGGGGCAAUAGAUGAUGAAAGACAGCCUGUCUGAGGGGGGCGGCAGCAGCGUGUAGCACUCUCUGGGCUACCUAGCAUCCCCAUAUAGGACAUCCACAGGUUCCAGCUGAGUAGCAUGAAACUGGAUGGCCAGGAGUCCUCUGCUUCCCUUUUUUGGAGCAUUUCAGUUCUUGCCUGGCCUGUGUCCCUUGCACUGCGUCCUAGUGAAGGACACUGUGUCCUCGCAGUCUGUCAUCCCCAGGGCAUGCCCUUCCCUUGCCCAGGGUGAGAAGUAUUCAUCCCUAACCUGGUAGUGCUGCAACAGCUGUGUCUCAGGAGAGCCUGCUGGGGCUCUACUGCAGGUCUGGGGAUGCCUGUAGAGCAAGGUAGGGCAGCUGGGCUGGGGCAGGGGCUUGGUGGGAGCCAGGGAAGGGGAUGUGGUGGGAUGGGAGCCAGGAAAGAUCCUUUGGCCCGUGCUGCCGGGACUGACAUGCCUCAUUGGAAACAAAGUUCCAUAGGCAUCCCAUGAAGCCUGGAACAGGGACCUUUAGUCUUUCUCGGGUGAUUUUCAGACUUUUCAGAGCAUUGGUUUUGCUCUGCAUAGUUAAAAGCUUAAGACCUGAGACACUCAGUACUCCAAUUGCUCUCCAGCCUCAUGGGAGCUGAGACAAGCUGCUUUUUUUUUUUUUUUUUUUAACUGGAGAACAAGAAAAGAAACACCUCCCUCAGUGACUCCUGCUAGGGCAAGCUCCUUACUUCUUGAUCUGUGAUGGGGGCACAUGGCAGCCCUUUAUCCCCCUCCCUGUCUACAGACACUCCAUGUCUAGCAUGUCAUAAUCGAGGGCUGGCACUGGCUAAUUCUAGGUACAGCCAUAGGCAAGAGGGACUGAAGCCCUGCAGAACUGGUGAGGCUUCUCACGGCUUAAGCAGCCAAGACAGCCGUCAAGAUGAAGUACUGGCCUCAUCUCCCCUGUAAAUAAAAACAGAAAAAAUA